CCCCCGGCUGCCGGAGCUGCCCGCGCGCCAUCCCGCCGCAGGGUCGGUCCGCAGCCUUCGGUGCGCCCGCGCUCUCCCUCCUCCUCCUCCAGGGCUCCGGCCCUUCGCCACCGCCACCCACCAUGGCUCGUGGCCCCGCUCAGACCAGCCCGGGACCGGGGCCCCAACUGCUGACGCUGCUGCCACUGCUUCUGCUGCUGCUCCGGGACGCAGGCGGCAGCCACACGGCCCCUGCUGGGUCCGCCCUGCCUGCGGCUGCCGACGGCCUGGCGGGGGACAAGGAUCCCCAGUGGUCCCUGGGGGAUGCGGCCACCGCUCUAGGCCCUGGCGCUCAGGACAUGGUCGCUGUCCACAUGCUCCGGCUUUAUGAGAAAUACAGCCGAAGGGGCGCGCGGCCUGGAGGGGGCAACACGGUCCGCAGCUUCCGGGCCCGGCUGGAAGUGGUCGACCAGAAGGCCGUGUAUUUCUUCAACCUGACUUCCAUGCAGGACUCGGAAAUGAUCCUCACGGCCACAUUCCACUUCUACUCCGAGCCGAGGUGGCCCCGGGCGCGUGAGGCGCCGUGCAAGCAGCGGGCCAAGAAUGCGUCCUGCCGCCUGCUGCCCCCGGGCCCACCCGUGCGCCGGCACCUGCUCUUUCGCAGCCUCUCACAGAACACAGCCACCCAGGGGCUGCUCCGUGGGGCUAUGGCCUUGGCGCCGCCUCCACGGGGCCUGUGGCUAGCCAAGGACAUCUCCCCCAUCGUCAAGGCGGCCCGCCGGGAUGGCGAGCUGCUCCUCUCAGCUCAGCUGGAUACUGGGGAGAAGGAGCCGGGGGUGUCCAGGCCCAGCCCUCAUGCACCCUACAUCCUCAUCUACGCCAACGAUCUGGCCAUCUCAGAGCCCAACAGCGUGGCAGUGACACUGCAGAGAUAUGACCCCUUUCCGGCUGGAGACCCGGAGCCCGGCGUAGCCCCCAACAGCUCGGCAGACCCCCGCGUGCGGCGGGCCACGCAGGCCACAGGGCCCCUUCAGGACAACGAGCUGCCGGGGCUGGACGAGAGGCCGGCACACGCCCCGCACGCCCAGCACUACCACAAGCACGAACUGUGGCCCAGCCCCUUCCGCGCGCUGAAGUCCCGGCCGGGGCGCAAGGACCGCAGGAGGAAGGGCCAGGAUGUGUUCGAGGCCUCCUCGCAGGUGCUGGACUUCGACGAGAAGACGAUGCAGAAAGCCCGGAGGAAGCAGUGGGACGAGCCGAGGGUCUGCUCCCGGAGGUAUCUGAAGGUGGACUUCGCAGACAUCGGGUGGAAUGAAUGGAUCAUCUCGCCCAAGUCCUUCGACGCCUACUACUGUGCGGGAGCCUGCGAGUUCCCCAUGCCCAAGAUCGUCCGCCCGUCCAACCACGCCACCAUCCAGAGCAUCGUCAGGGCCGUGGGCAUCGUCCCUGGCAUCCCAGAGCCUUGUUGCGUCCCCGACAAGAUGAACUCUCUUGGGGUCCUCUUCCUGGAUGAGAACCGGAACGUGGUUCUGAAGGUGUACCCCAACAUGUCCGUGGAGACCUGUGCCUGCCGGUAAGACCAGCUGCUCUGCCAUGGAAGGAAACCUCCUCCCCACCCCGCGCCCGGCAGGGCAGCGUCCUUGGAGCCUUCUGGUGUGAGAGCUUGACUUGGGGUGCAGCUGCAAAGGCAGGGCAGAGCACACAGGCAAGCUUGCUGGUCCCCAGAAAGAUCUAUCCCCCGGGGCAUCAUUCUGGGGUCUUUCGUUGCUAGUGACUUAGCCUCUAAAUGCCGGUCUGAACCCCUGAAGGAGUCUGGGAAUUAGCCUUGGCCGGGUGAUUGCCGCUGGUCCGUGCCCUCUUCUCUGCAAACCGAACGUGUCCACAAUGUUGGCAUUUGUGAUCAUCAUCUCAUAACCUGGGGAGAAACUGAAAACCUGAGGGUGCUGGCUCCCUUCACCUGGAAAGAACCUCUGUUUAAAUAAUCAGUUUAAAACACUUCAGGCCACAUAUUGAUCCUGGAAAACAGGACCUAAAUAGUGGUAUAAAUGGAUGUUUUCUUUCCAACUCCACUGCAAAAGUUUUUAUAUAUACAGUAUGCACCUAUAACCAAUUUCGGUUUCUUUUUCUUAAUAUACAUUUUAUUUUAAAACAAAAAGGAGGGCGUUGACACCAUUCCACACAGAGGUAGUCAUGCUGGUGAAGUGUGCAUUGUUUAAACAUGCUUAUUGAAAUAACACACACAGUAAUAUGUUGGAAUACUAAAAAAUAACCAAGAUUUUUAUAUUUUUGUAAAUUAUACUUUCUAUGCUGUAGAUUGUGUAUGUUAUGUGUUUUUAUCAAAAGCUAAUAAAUUAAAGGUACAGUGGUAUCUUGAAAAA